AUGCAGGCCAUCUCAAGACAGCUGCGGCCCUCGACGAGCCUGCUGCAACAAGCAGCUCGCCGUGCCUACAGCGUCUCUUCCGCCGGCCCCUACGCCCAGACCAUUGACAACCUGCGCAUCAACGGCGAGACCAAGGUUCUCUUCCAGGGUUUCACCGGAAAGCAGGGAACUUUCCACGCGCAGCAGGCGAUCGACUACGGCACCAAGGUCGUCGGUGGCACCAACCCCAAGAAGGCUGGCUCUGAGCAUCUCGGCCUUCCCGUCUUUGGCAAUGUGAGCGAGGCCGUCAAGGCCACCGGUGCCACUGCCACUGCCAUCUUCGUCCCCCCCCCCGUCGCCGCCGCCGGUAUUGAGGAGGCCAUCGAGGCCGAGAUCCCCCUCGUCGUCUGCAUUACGGAGGGUAUCCCCCAGCACGACAUGGUCCGCAUCACCAACAUGCUCAAGACCCAGUCCAAGACCCGUCUCGUCGGCCCCAACUGCCCCGGCAUCAUCGCCCCCGGCCAGUGCAAGAUCGGCAUCAUGCCCGGCUUCAUCCACAAGCGCGGUCGCAUCGGUAUCGUCUCCCGCUCCGGCACCCUCACCUACGAGGCCGUCAACCAGACCACCCAGGCCGGCCUCGGCCAGUCCCUCGUCGUCGGUAUCGGCGGUGACCCCUUCAGCGGCACCAACUUCAUCGACUGCCUGCAGACCUUCCUCAAGGACGAGGAGACGGACGGCAUCAUCAUGAUUGGCGAGAUUGGCGGUUCCGCUGAGGAGGAUGCUGCCGAGUUCCUCCGUGCCAACAACACCGUCAACGGUGGCAAGCCCGUCGUCAGCUUCAUCGCUGGCAUCUCCGCCCCCCCUGGCCGCCGCAUGGGUCACGCCGGUGCCAUCGUCUCCGGUGGCAAGGGUGGUGCCGACAGCAAGAUCGCCGCCCUCGAGGCCGCCGGCGUCAUCGUCGAGCGCUCCCCCGCCGGUCUUGGUAAGGCCCUGUACGACGAGUUCGUCCGCCGGGAUCUCCUGUAA